AUGCUCUUCAUCAACAACCCUUUCUUUAUGUUGGAUCCUGGGGUGUUAUGUUUUUCUGUUCAUUAUUCUUCCUUUAACGUGCAGAAUUUCAUAGAUCUGGCGGGAAGCGAGCGUGCAUCACAGGCGAUGUCAGCUGGUGCGAGGCUCAAGGAAGGCUGCCAUAUCAACCGAAGUUUGCUUACUCUUGGAACUGUGAUCCGUAAACUUAGUAAGGGAAGGCAAGGGCACAUCAACUUUAGAGACUCCAAGCUCACACGAAUUCUACAGCCAUGCUUGGGUGGUAAUUCAAGAACCGCCAUCAUCUGCACUCUGAGCCCAGCGAGGAGUCACGUCGAGCUAACGAGGAACACUCUCUUGUUUGCUUGCUGUGCAAAGGAAGUUACCACAAAGGCCCGGAUCAACGUCGUUAUGUCAGACAAGGCCCUGCUGCAGCAACUACAGCGUGAGCUUGCGAGGCUCGAGACCGAGCUGAGAACCCCUGCCCCGCCUGCCUCGAAAUGUGAUUGUGCGAUGACGGUGAGGAAGAAGAAUCUUCAGAUACAAAAGAUGGAAAAGGAGAUGGCAGAGUUGAGAGAAGAGAGAGAUCUUGCUCAAUCCCGGCUUGAAGAUAUCAUGAGAAUGGUUGAACUCGAUGAGGCCUCAAAGUGUGGAACUCCGCAGCACAUAGACAAGUGGGAGGAUGGUUCAGUGUCACAGACAUCAAUAACAAGAGCUUAUGUUGGGUCUCAUUCUGAGGAUGAUGAUGAUGAAGAGCUGCCUACGCGUUCUGAAGAUCCAUCAGAAGAAUAUUGCAGAGAAGUUCAAUGCAUUGAGAUUGAGACAUCAGCUACAGUCAACCACAAAGACGAAAAAAGAGCAGAACCUAAGAACAUUUUAGGCCCUAGUGUAGGCCAAAACGUGAGGUUGAGAAGCUGGAACCGCAGAGAGACCGCGAGCACUCCACCUGAAAACAUAGGGACAGAAAGACCAGAAGAAGAGAGUCACAAGAAGAUAGUGUUUUCUGGUUUAGAGUUGGGUUCUAGUGUGUCAAGGAAUGAUUCGCUGUCUUCUUGCGGGAGCGAUUCCACUGCGACUCAGAGCAUCAGAACGCCCUUGGGAGAAGAGGGAGGUAUCACUAGCAUCCGCACUUUCGUUGAUGGUCUUAAGGAGAUGGCUAAGCGUCAAGGCCAGGUGUCGAUUGGUGAUGAUGAAUCUGGUAAAAUGGGGAGGGAUAUUGGUCUGGUCAUUAUGGACAUGGAAUUUGAGAGGCAGCGGCGAGAGAUUGUUGAGCUAUGGCAAAGCUGUAACGUCUCUUUGGUGCAUAGAACAUACUUCUACUUGCUCUUCAAAGGAGAUGAUGAGGCUGAUUCAAUCUACAUUGGGGUUGAGCUAAGAAGACUUUUGUUUAUGAAAGCUCGCUUCUCUCAGGGAAACCAAACUUUGGAAGGAGGAGAAACCUUAACACUGGCUUCAAGCCGGAAGGCGCUGCACGGGGAGAGAAUGAUGCUGAGCAAGCUGGUGGGGAAAAGGUUUUCAGGAGAAGAGAGGAGAAGAAUGUAUCACAAGUUUGGGAUUGGUGUCAACUCCAAACGCAGGCGUUUACAACUCGUGAACGAGCUUUGGAGCAAUCCCAAGGACAUGAGUCAGGUUGUGGAAAGCGCAGAUGUUGUAGGGAAGCUUGUGAGGUUCGCUGAGCAAGGGAGAGCCAUGAAGGAGAUGUUUGGUCUGGCCUUCACCCCUCCUUCCUUCUUGACAGCUCAGAGAUGGCGUAACUGGAGAAAAAGCAUCCCUACGCUUUUCUAACCAUCUGUUCUUGUAACAGUUGUGUAUAAUAUGUAUCUUCUUUGUGUCUUUUUCUUCUGGUAUUUUGAAGGAGCCAACGUUGGUGUGUAAAACAUAUAUUUUUCAAUCAGUGUUUUUAUUUGUAUCUGUUACAGUCAAGCUUCUGUUAUGGAAAAACUCAUUACAUAAUAUGAAAAAUUUGUGUG